AUGAACAGCGCCACUGUCGCCGAUGAAGAAGAGAAUUUGAAGAAAACCAAAAAUAAAGUAAAGGAGGCUGAGAAAAAGACAUGUCAAGACAUUGGCGAACAGAGACAGAUUCCUAGUGUUGGUGUCUUAUUGGAGAUGAGGUGUCUUAUUGGAGAUGAGAUGGGAUUGGGUAAAACACUGCAGGCACUCUCAGUUGCAUAUUGCUACAAGGAGGAAUGGCCACUCCUCAUCAUCGUACCCUCUUCAUUGCGCUAUCCCUGGAUUGAGGAGCUGGAAAAGUGGUUUCCAGAACUAGAGCCUGGACAUAUCCAUCUUGUGAACAGCGGAACCGAUGUUGGAGCAAUAUCAAUGUGCAAAGUUUGCCUGGUUGGCUACGGCUUAAUGCGAAAUGACAGUAAAACACUACUAGAGGCGCUACACCAGCGGCAUUUUCAGGUGAUAGUCGUUGAUGAAUCCCACUACCUGAAGAAUUUGAAAGCGGCUCGUACUCAAGUUUUGUUGCCGUUGUUGAAGAAAGCCAAACGACUGUUACUACUAACUGGGACACCGGCACUGGCAAGGCCAGCUGAGUUGUUUCCGCAGCUAGACUGCUUACGGCCUGGUCUGUUUGGCACCUGGUCCAACUUUACCAAACGUUUCUGUGAUGCUGGGUGGCGAUAUUUUGGACGAACCAAGACUUGGGACACAAGGGAUCCCAAGUUGAGGAAGUCCAUUCGCAGAAGAUUUUGUCGGGAACCUUUAACUGACUGUCAAAUACAACACGCCUCACGUUCAGCCAAUAUGCAACUACUCUAUACAGCAAAACUUGACAUUCAAUGAUCAAACAGUUUAAUUGCUCUUGCUUUCAUUUUUAUUUACACAAUGUAAAUUAAUACCAUGAAAUUACAUAAAUUAACAUUUUUUCUGGAAUCUAAUACUCUGUACAGUAGGCCUAGGUCUAUUUUAAUA